AUGAUUACUUGUCAGAAACAAUUAAAUGUUGUUUGGAGGGAUGAGUUUGAGGGACAGUCCUUAGAUCGGGACAAAUGGGAUGUCGAAAACGAAUUUGUUAAAACCAAUUGCAAAGACAAUUGGCAACACGAAUUGGACUGUAACCUGGAUCAUCCCAAAAAUCUACAGUCAACGCACGGAUGUUUAGCCAUUACAGCCGCUCGUGAGACCAAUCCUUACAUUUUGUCCAAUAAUAAGAAGUUUAGUUCAGCGAUGAUUACGACAACCAAGAGCUGGACUUAUGGCCGGUUCGAGAUUAGAGCCGCCCUUCCCAACGGGAAAAUGUUGAGACCGGACUUUAAUAUGAUUCCCGCUGCCGGACAGACUAAAUGGGCACUCGAUGGCCAGAUAGAUGUUAUGGCAAAUAUCCAGGACUCUAGUCUGCAUGCCGGUGCCCAUUACGGGUUAAGCCAUAAUGGAGGCCAAAAUGCGUACACCGGCGCUAAAUACAACGCCGUAUCCGUAAACCUGCAGAACUUUCAUACCUAUGCCGUCGAGUGGAAUGAAACACAUAUUCAGUGGUUUUUUGAUCACAAUAAAUAUUCAGGAGAUCUUGAUAUCAAUAAGACGUUAACCACUGAUUAUACCAAAAAAGGACAGCCGUUUGACAAAGCAUUUAAGUUGACCUUAUCGUUAAGUGUGGGCGGGGAUGCAGUUUAUCUGUUCCCGGGAAUGACACUCACGGAGAGUGAUUACAUGUCAUGGAAGUGCUCAGCGAUUAUCAUUGAUUAUGUCCGCGUCUAUGAGUGGGUCGACAACCAUACUGUCCACUGGGGUCAUAUUAGCAGUGUAGGUGACCGCACAUCCAGUGCCGAUAUAUGCGAGUCUGUCAUGUCGUACAUACAAUCGCCUAAUCAUACGGACGGCGACAGUCACACAACUCCCGGACCAAUUGAACCCACGCUUACACUGAGGCUCACACAGAAGCGAUUAAAUAUCGUUAACCAAGAGAUUAGUCUCGACUCUUACGACGACUGCAGAGCCGGAGAUAGUGGUCUGAAAAGGGAUGAGACGUACGAUGAGUAUAGCUAUUGUGCGCCAAAUUACGAGACAGACCUAAAUCCCGUUAACAGGUGUGUUUUAAGCGGACAGACUAUAACUAGCGAAGCGCACUAUCUGACAACGAUAGGGCACUCGUAG